AACAAACCUUUGCCACCUUCUUCAUUCUUCCUUUCAACAAGAUUAUUCUUCUUAUACAGAAGAGACGCACAAAACUCUUUCCUUUUCUAUUUCAUUUUUUUUUUUGGGUUCUCUGUCUCGAUAGAAAAUAAAUGUUGGCCAUAUUCCACGAGGCGUUUGCUCAUCCGCCGGAGGAACUCAACAGUCCGGCCUCUGAGAAAUGUUCUAAACAACCAAAGCUUCCUCAAGAUACCCUCAACGAUUUCUUAUCUCGUUACUCUCUCAACACUUUCUCCAUGUCUUUCGGUCAAGCUGCUGUUCUUGCUUACGUCCGUCCUUCUGCUUCUUUCUCCAUCCACCAGAGGUUGUUUUGUGGAUUUGAUGAUAUCUACUGUCUCUUCUUUGGGAGCUUGAACAAUCUGUGUCAGCUAAACAGACAAUAUGGUCUAACCAAGACAACAAACGAGGCCAUGUUUGUGAUCGAAGCUUACAGGACUCUUAGAGACAGAGGUCCUUAUCCAGCUGAUCAGGUUGUUAAAGACUUAGAUGGUAGCUUUGCCUUUGUUGUUUAUGAUAGCAAAGCCGGCUCUGUCUUCACAGCUCUGGGAUCUGAUGGAGGGGUGAAGCUAUACUGGGGGAUAGCUGCUGAUGGAUCUGUUGUCAUAUCAGAUGAUUUGGAUGUUAUUAAAGAAGGUUGUGCCAAAUCUUUUGCUCCAUUUCCUACAGGGUGUAUGUUCCAUAGUGAAGGAGGGUUAAUGAGCUUUGAGCAUCCGAUGAACAAGAUCAAGGCAAUGCCGAGAGUGGACAGUGAGGGAGUUCUGUGCGGUGCCAACUUCAAGGUGGAUGUGUACAAUCGUGUUAACAGUAUCCCUCGUCGAGGAAGUGAAGCCAAUUGGACUCUCUGAAAACACUGGGAACUUCCAGAAGAUGGUUUCUUUUUCGCACUUUGUUCUUCUUCUCCACUUUUAUCUUAGUUAUGGACUGUUCCCAAGUAUGCCAUGAAUAAAACUGUGAAUAGCUUUCAAGGUUCUGUUUCUCUA